AUUAUUUUCACAAAACCAAUGUAAAGUGAGAUUUUUCUAUCAGACCUUAAAACCCUAAUCACUACUCCUACUCGAAUUCAAACCUCAUUACACUACUCAUUACACUAUUGGUUGUUUGAGGAAGAGAAACAAACAAUGGAAAUAGAAGUACCAAUUUUGAUUGGUCUGCAAUAUUUCUCCAAACCUCAUGGUAAAAAUUCUUGAAGAUAUUUUGGCCAAUGUAGAAAAAUCCCAGAUUUCCUACAUUUCACUUUCAAUCUUGUAAGUCGGCUGUUUCACUGAAAACAAAAGGCACGAAGGACUUGAGCUGGGGUUUUAGAAGGGUUUUCAAGCACCAAAACUUAUGUACUUCUCCUGUUCUUCUUUUACCAAUCGAAUCAGGUUUCAGUAUCUCCAAUUAAUUGGUCUGGUAAUUCCUAUUUAUUAUUUUUCCUCUAAUUCUUCAUUUGCCCCAGAUAUCCCUGUUAAUCGAUUAAUUUGAUGUCCAGUAGUAAUAUCUCUUCAUUCCCUGCAGUUUUAUCGCAGAAUUUUGACCCUUAUAUUCAAAUUUAUAAGUCAAGGAGUAAUUUUUUGAUAAACCCUUGUUUUGAUUCCACAAUCAUGUGGAGAAACUUUGCUAAACAAGCAAUUUCAAGAACCCCUAAUUUGUGUUUGAGGAAAUUUUCUAUUUCACGUAGUUACAGCUUUUUGGGGGGUACCCAUGAUUGUGGGUUUUCUGACAGGUUGAAAUUUAGGCCGUUUGAGCUGGGUUUUUGUAAAAAUCGCAGCUUUUCUGAGGUGGGUUUUUGUAGGGAGGGUGGGUCGUUGGUGAAGGAAGGGAUUGGGGAGAGACCCGUUUCAGGGUGUUUGGGUAACCGACUUAAUUUUAAUGUUGUGUGUCCUAAAGGGUAUGCUAGUGUCGUUGAGGCUGAAGUGGACUCUUCGACAGAUUUGGAGGAUGAUGUUUCGGUUUUUGAUGAGAUUCAAGAGUUGGUGGAGGAGAUGAGAAAGGAAGAGAAGAGGGCGAAGUGGCGUGAAUCGCACCAAAGACAACAGAAAAUGGUGGCGGGUAUGCCACUUUACAAGUACCAAAAGCUUAGGAAUAGGCAGAUAAAGCUUGAGACUGAGUCAUGGCAACAGGCAGCUAAUGAGUAUAAGGAGCUUUUAGCUGAUAUGUGUAAGCUUAAGUUGGCACCUAAUUUGCCUUAUGUGAAGUCACUGUUUCUUGGUUGGUUUGAGCCAUUUAGAGAUAGCAUUAUAGAGGAUCAAGAAUUAAUCAGGCAAGGGAAGUGUAGAGGUGCAUAUGGAACAUAUUUUGAUCAGUUACCUGCAGAUAUGAUGGCAAUCAUUACAAUGCAUAAGUUGAUGGGGAUGUUAAUGACUGGAAGUGGACAUGGCUCUGUCAAAGUUGUUCAAGCUGCUUGUGCUUUAGGCGAAGCCAUUGAACAGGAAGUUAGGAUACACACGUUUUUAGAAAAAGCAAAGAAGAAAAAGGGUGACCGAAGUAAAAAACCCGACGAUGCUGCCUCUGAUGCUGAGAUUCAAGAGCAACAGCAUCUGAGAAAAAACGUAAAUAAUUUAAUCAAGAAGCAAAAGCGUCGACAAGCCCUGAAAAUCGUCGAUUCUCAAGGUGACCUGAAGCCUUGGGGUUCGGAAACAAGGGCUAAGGUUGGGAGCCGUCUGAUCGAGUUGCUGAUCCAAACAGCAUAUAUACAACCUCCAGCUAGUCAAUCAGCUUGUGAUCCUCCCGACCUUCGACCUGCAUUUGUGCAUUCAUUGAAAAGUGUUGGCCCUGAGAACAAGAAAACCGGGAGAAGAUUUGGGAUGAUUGAAUGUGACCCACUGAUUAUCAAAGGUCUUGAGAAAACUCCAAGGCAUAUUGUGAUCCCUUAUAUGCCAAUGUUGGUACCACCAGAAAAAUGGACCGGUUAUGAUAAAGGAGCAUACUUGGUUUUGAGAUCAUUUGUCAUGCGAACUCAUGGAUCCAAACAUCAGCGAGUAGCAGUUAGGAGGGCCUCUGAGGAACAGCUAAAAUCAGUUUUUGAGGCCUUGGAUACACUUGGAAACACAAAAUGGAGGGUAAAUAAAAAGGUUCUUAGCAUUGUAGACAGGGUAUGGGCUAAUGGAGGUCGUCUGGCUGACUUAGUUGAUCGGGAUGAUGUUCCUUUGCCAGAAAAGCCUGAUACAGAGGAUGAAUCCGAGCUUAAGAGAUGGAAGUGGAAAGUCAGGUCUUUGAAAAAAGAGAAUCGAGAGCGACAUUCUCAACGUUGUGAUGUAGAACUCAAACUUGCGGUUGCUCGAAAGAUGAAGGAUGAGGAAGGCUUCUUCUAUCCGCAUAAUGUCGAUUUUCGUGGUCGGGCAUAUCCUAUGCAUCCAUACUUAAACCAUCUAGGGUCUGACAUGUGUCGAGGCAUUUUGGAGUUCGCAGAGGGUCGAGCUCUUGGAAAAUCAGGAUUGCGCUGGUUGAAAAUACACGUAGCCAAUUUAUAUGCUGGUGGCAUUGACAAAUUAUCUCUUGAGGGUCGAAUAGCAUUUACUGAAAACCAUUUGGAUGAUAUAUUUGACUCUGUGGAUAAGCCACUGGAAGGAAGGUGUUGGUGGUUGAAAGCUGAAGAUCCUUUUCAGUGUUUGGCUGUUUGUAUUGAGUUAGCUGAAGCUCUGAGAAGUACCCGCCCCGAGGCAUUCAAAUCACAUAUUCCCGUUCAUCAGGAUGGUUCAUGCAAUGGUUUACAACAUUAUGCUGCUCUUGGAAGAGAUGAGUUGGGAGCAACUGCUGUCAAUCUUGUUGCUGGGGAAAAGCCUGCAGAUGUUUAUUCAGGCAUAGCUUCUAGAGUUCUUUCUAUUAUGGAGGCAGAUGCAAAGAAAGACCCCACUGAUUUUCCAGACACAGUGCUUGCAAGGAAGCUGAUCAACCAGGUGGAUAGGAAAUUGGUCAAGCAGACAGUGAUGACCUCAGUGUAUGGUGUCACUUAUAUUGGUGCUAGAGAGCAGAUCAAGAGGAGGUUGAAGGAACGUGCUGCGUUCAGUGAUGAUACAGAGAUUUAUGGUGCAGCUUGUUAUGUUGCCAGAAUUACAUUAACUGCGCUCGGAGAGAUGUUUCAAGCUGCCCGUAGUAUCAUGAGCUGGCUUGGUGAUUGUGCAAAGAUUAUUGCAUCUGAAAAUCAGCCUGUGAGGUGGAUAACGCCACUGGGUCUUCCUGUCGUGCAACCUUACUGUAAGAAAGGCAGGCAUCUGAUCAAAACCUCCCUUCAAAUGUUGACGCUGGAAAAGGAAACUGAAAAGAUUAUGGUUAGGCGACAGAAGUCAGCUUUUCCCCCAAAUUUUGUUCACUCCCUUGAUGGUUCACAUAUGAUGAUGACUGCAGUGGCCUGCAAACACGCAGGCUUGAACUUUGCAGGAGUUCAUGAUUCAUAUUGGACUCAUGCAUGCGAUGUGGAUCAGAUGAGCAGCAUACUUCGCGAAAAGUUUGUAGAACUUUAUGACCAACCAAUAUUGGAAAAUUUGUUGGAAACUUUCCAGCAAUCUUACCCCACACUAUCUUUCCCUCCUUUGCCUGAUCGAGGAGACUUUGAACUGAGGGACGUUUUAGACUCUCCAUAUUUCUUCAACUGAGAGCUAACAGAAGAAACUGUCACUGUUAAUUAUCAUCCCCACUUGCGCCACCCACCGGAGAAGGAAGGAACACCAUCCUUUUGCCUGCCUUGGAAGUUGUAACACGAACAGCUUCUAUGUACUACACUUACAAGGAUUGAGAUGAUCUUCAGUAAUCAGUUGCUGGUUUCUGCUUUUUUUACCAAGACAUAAUUAUCUGCAGACGAGAGCACUGUUACUUUUUUGUGGUAGGUGAGAGGAGAAUGGCCGUGGAUUCGAGCAAUUCGAUCUUGAUAUUCUUUAUAGUUGAUCAACAUGUAAUGUAGCCAACAUAGGUAGCUGAUUCUUUUAUCUAAUGUACAUAAUUAGAGAGCUUCGUCUGAGAAACAGUCUUUGACAUACUGUAAAUAUUUAUAAAGCUAAAUAAUAUCCUCCCCCCUUUUGCAUUUAUGUAACAACAAUUUCUUCAUACUAUAUUGGUAAAUUUCUGUUGUUUUUAGCCGAUUCGUCGGGUAGUUGGACUGGUAAAUGGAUUGAUUGAUACUUUUCCAAAAAUGAUAUACUAGCAUACUUCUCAUGUUCUUAUUUACAUGGUACAAUUGUGUUAUGGAUACUAUUUAUACAAGCUCAUUUGACUUU